GUGAAGUGCGUCCCCUGACGUGGCGGAGUUAGAGAGGCGCCUUUGCUUUUCGUGGGCGCCUGCGAUUGGACAUUUGAGCGGCUUGUCCAUUUCAUACUUUUUUAGAUACACAGGUGCUAGAGUGAAACUACAGCCCCUUGCAAAAGAAACUGUCAGAUGGCAGUGGAAAGAACCCGUUAUCGUCGUUUUGCUUCAGUGGUUAGACGAACACUAAUAAGAAGCUAGUAAGCGACUGUCUACACCUACUGGCUACUCUUUGAAAGUAUUCGAAGCAAAACUGACCACUUGAACCUGAAUAGGCGCAGCUAUUGUCUGCAGUUUUCUAUAAGUGUUUUAAAUUCAUCUGUCAACGUGCUUCCGCCCUCGAAGUCUGUUCUGAAUUCAGGAGACGAUGCCACAGAUAUCACCUGUAGCGCUACUGCAGGUAACUCUGCUUCUGUCCGCGCUGCCCGUUCAGUUUCUCAUCUCCAAGUGGACCGGGACGUCGUCGGCGGAGUGCCACCGCGCCACUAUGCGGCUUCUUAGAGUCUGGAACGACUUCAGGAAACAUCAUCUGAACGUGACGGCGUGGACAGACUGGACGAAACAAUGGAUAUCUAAAUUUCUGCCCGCAGCUGCUGAGGAGCAAUUGGAUCCUCUGGGAGAAUCUCCUGCUUUGGAGGUGCUGCUCUACGAUAAUAACCAGGGCUACUUCGGAGCGUCCAGGGAGGUCCGCAGUCCUCGUCCGGCAUACGUUCUGCACAGGGUAGGGCAGGUGGUGAUGGCGCAAGGCAACCACAUGGUGGGCGUAAUCGUCAGUUGGGACGAGAAGCUGAAAGCGCCCCAGGAGUGGAUGCAGAAAAUGUACUCGGAGCAUGAGUUGCAGAAAGUUGAAGACACUCCUCAUUACAAGGUGAUCUUCAAUGGCCCGGGACCCUCGUCCAUCUUGGUGGGGUAUCUCCCCCAAACGUCGCUACAGCUUUUCACAGGUUUCAAGCCGGACAUUCCCACGCUGAACAACUAUUUCAGCCACUUUGACGGGGAGCGUUUCGUUAUGAAGCCCUGGCUGCAGGAGCUAUUCCCAGAGGAUUGAAGUGUGUCUGCGCAGAGGAUGCCGCCGGCUGCGCAGCUACAGAGCAGUGGCAGAUGAGUUCCUGUAAGAACUGCCUCUCGCAGUGCCCACUGGCACGAUGAAACUCCCUCCUACAUGGUGCUUCAGUGAGACCAGGAAUACAUCUCAAUUCCUAAGUACUUGAGCCUAGAUGGAGAUUGAAAGAGCACCAAAAUCAUGGAGGGGGAGGCAUACCCUGUGUAGUAAAAUGAAAAUGAAAUGCUUUGUAAAUGUAAUUUUUUUUUAAUAGUGAAAGAUGAUGAAAUCAUUAUUUAAAUUAUGCAGAAGCUGUAUUGAAAAAUGUGAGGUUUAUAAGUUAAAAGGUGUAAAAAGUAUAAUUGGGAAUUUUUUAGGGUCUGUCAAUGUCAAGGAAUUAUGUGAUUUUUGAGCUUUACUUGCGUGUUUGGAAAAGCUUAUUUAUUGAUCUGUAUAUAUAAAAAAUGUCAGGAAGAGUUGUACAGUUUAAUGUUGAUACUUGUAGUGUGGGGCAGAAUCUCUGAAGCUGCACAGUGCAGAUGUAAUAAAAGUUGCCACAGACAA